AUGCUUGCAGAAGAUCACUCUCAUGAGUUUCUCGAUGACGAAAGUCAGCACUCGUUGGAAUCACACCAGUCAAGGAAGAACAUUCUCUUGAAGUCUCACGGAAGACCUCCCUGGUACGGGGAAGACGGCCUACCUAUUUGCAGUGCGUUCGUGAUCGGAAUAGCUGGCGGAUCGGCAAGUGGGAAGACUCAUGUUGCUCAGCAAAUCGUCCGUUCAUUGGGAUCAGUACCGACUGUCGUUAUCUUGUCUCAGGAUAGCUUUUACAAGCAACAUACUCCAGAAGAGGUUGCGCUGGCGCAUGCGAAUCGAUUCGACUUUGACCACCCGGAUGCCAUUGACAUGCCCAUGUUUGCUGCUUGUCUCGCGGACUUGAAGGCGUGUCGACAGUCCAAUAUUCCCGUUUAUUCGUUUGCCGAACAUCAGCGGUUAAACGAGGUGAAGUAUUUGCAAACACAUGUUUCAGCGGAAGGUAUAAUGGCUUUGCAUCAUCCAGACUUGCGCUCUUUAUAUGAUCUCAAGGUGUUUGUGCAAUGUGACUCAGAUUUGAUGCUCGCCCGGAGAAUACAACGGGAUGUCAAGGACGCGGAAGAAGCGUUGAUGGGGUUAUUGAGCAGUAUAUAUCUUCGCUAUGUUAAGCCCGCAUUUGAUAACUUCGUUUUGCCAACCGCUCGCCAUGCAGACAUUGUUGUUCCAGGGUCGAACAACUCUGUUGCCAUUGACUUGAUAUCGACCCACAUUCGACGCCAAAUGACAGAACGUGCGAGACACUUCCGGAAACGCAUGGUUUCUCAAUCAAUUGAGUGUUGCUUGAGUACGUCAGACGGUAGCCCGGUGUCCAAGAACCUUAUAGUGCUCCCGCAAACACCACAGUUAAAGGACCGAUUGGCAACAUUCUUGAUCGAGAAAGCGAUGGAACAUCUUCCUCACAGACCUAAGACGGUCACGACCCCAACAGAAGUAGAUUGCACCGGCAAGGAACUUGACGUUAAGAACGUCUGUGGUGUCUCCAUCAUACGCUCAGGUGGACCUCUAACGAGAGGGUUGCAGCGUGUCCUUAGUGACGUUGCAAUUGGAUCCCUUCUGGUGCAAUCCGAUGCCAAUUCUGGAGAGCCACUACUUCUACAUGUGAUGCUCCCUAAAUGCUUGCGAGAACGACAUCUAGCCGUCGAUGCAUGGGUCUUCUUGCUAGAUGCUCAAAUAGGCACUGCUGCCUCGGCAUUCAUGGCAAUUCGGACACUAUUAGAUCAUGGAGUCCAGCAAGAUCACAUCAUUUUCGUAACGUUUCUCAUUGCCCGCACCGGCGGUGUCACUGUACUUCAGCGGGCCUUUCCAAAGAUCAAGAUUGUUACUGGUGCCGUCGAUGAAGGUCUUCGUGAAGCUUGGCUUGAACGUUACAAUGAAAAAGGCGAGGGCCAGAGCGAAGGGGACGGGAGGAAAGUCUGGAUCAUAGAGCCUGGUAUGGGUCAAAUCGGUGACAGAUACUACCUCUGA